ACACUUCCUGGUACAGCACACUUGCACAAGUAGCCCCAUAGACAUUAGACCUGCUUAAAGCAAGGUUAUAGUUCCUGUGAAUACAACGCUGCCAUACAUUGGGCACAGAAGACAGAUUCGAUAUUUCUUCUAGUCCCAGAUGAAAUUUGGAUGAAUAUAAAUAGGACGCAAUCUGCAGUCGAAAACUGAACAUCGACUCAAAGGAAGUAUGAUGUCUGUACAAUACUUUUUUGUCUGUAUACUUGCGACGUGGAAUCUCAGCGCAGGAUUGCAAGCAAAUGGUGUAAAUGUACUGACGAUUACAACUUAUUGGCAACAGAAGUACACAACGGAGUGUGGUUGGUGGGGCAGUCGAUGCGGGAGAUCCAGGCAGAAGUCACACACUACUUACAGAUGCGAAUCAGGGUACAGAUCAACAGAUAACAUAGGCUGUCCACAUCCUGUAUGUGACAAUGAGAUCAACCCCGCUGCUUGCAACAUGAACUACCCGACAUCUCACAUCGUCUACAGUAACGGCAGGACACAGUACAAGAGUGGGGGCAGCUGUACUGCCCCCGGGAUCUGUGCCAACUGUAAUGAAGGCUUUUACCCCAGCAGAGAACGAUGCAGAAUGUGCAGUGCCAUCAGUAACUGUGACCUGGAGACAUGCACCAGCAGCAGCAACGAGGUGUGUAGUCGCUGUGAGGGGGUCGUGCAUGACCAGGCAGGAAGCAGGGCAUAUGUGGCGUCUUCGAGUCGGAUAUCAUGCAUACAGGCGUGAUCGUGGCGGAGUGACAGCACCCGGUGUUAUCCCGGGACCUGCAGGAACGAGUACGCCAGUAACUGUGCCUGCUCCAGCGGCUUCACAGGGAAACAUUGUCAGACAAUAACAACGAAGCCCACAAUAAACUUCAACCUCCUGAGACUGACCGCCAGCAACGGCGACACGACAGAGGCACCUCCCAACAUCAACAGUGGUCCAUCUCAGUCUACCAGCUGGUCAAACAUCAACUCUCCAUCCAGACUGUACUACAGGUUUACGGCAGAAUACAAAAUGGUACCUCCAUCCAGACAUGCCUUCAUUGAAGACUUCGGUGUUGGAAUUGUCAGUGGUUCUGCUACAUUCAAACUAAAGAGAGGUGCAGGUGUUGUCUCCACUAAGGUCUAUAAAUGUGGAGGAGCCAGCCGAAGCAGCCCGAACACAGACCUGUACACCUGUGAAGGAAACCCAUCAGCGGCGUCUGUACUACCUCUACCCUUCCAACAUAGAGAUGUUAUCGAAUUCACUUAUUCAACAAGUAAUGGAGGGUAUGUGAAGGUUCGGAACAAGGAGAGUAACACACUAGCGACCUUCUACUACAACAGUGCCACACAGACCCACGUCUAUACUGUGGCCAUAGACCUGGUGGAUCCCUAUCACUGUACUGGUACUACUGCCUGUGUUGGCAGCAUGCUGACUGUUCCCGAUGUUAUAAAGACUUCCAAAGUGAACCUCCGCUGGAGUGGCUGGUCAGAUGCUGAUGCAGGAGUCGACCACUUUGUGAGGGACGUGUAUGAACUCCACGCUGUUGGGGAUGUACUCAGAGAUAAACGUCGUGUUGUCACUACAACGUUGACAAGCUCAACGACGUCCAACAGCUACACACUGGCUACGACGGGCGUGUACUCGGUUGUACUGUCUGCCUAUGACAAGGGAGGCAAUCACAGAAGUACAAGAAGAAUCCUGGUAUAUGAUGGUACUUCAAAUGUAACAACACAAGCAAACACAUCUCUCCGUGUCACAACAGCAGCAUCAGCAACAUCAGAGUGGCAAACUACGUCAUCAUCAGUGACAGUAGACUGGACCAACAGAUACAUCAACACAGUCCACCGAAACAACAAGUGGCUCCUGGGCGUGGCUUCUCUUGGUAACAUCAGUUUGGACUAUGAUGACAACGAGGGUGACAGAAGUGUGUCUGCCAUCAACAAUGUUCAAGGUUUAACACGAUUCUUGACGUCAUACAAAUUCGACCACCAAGGAGGAUCGUCCAUCGCCAGUCCACCAGCUGAUAACCUGUUCACCAGUCAAGGUCUGAAUCAGUCACAGACCAUAACACCCUCACUAGUGGACGGGGACACUGUACGCUUCUGGGUUCGAGCCUAUGACAUCAAACGCGAAUUCCUUGAAGAACGUGUGACAGUCCACAUCGACACAUCACCCCCCGUCCUAGAGAACCUGUGGCUCACCAGGGGAGACCGACUCAACAUCAGUGUUCAUAGUGCAGAGGAAUUUUCCGAAAUGACAAUGGAGUGGAUUGCAUACGAUGAGCACAGUGGCUUGGAGACGGUGUCAUGGCGUAUUGUAGAUAAAUACAAGGAUUUAGAUAUCGUGCAUGGAGUUCAGCACAUCACGGCUCAAGGGGAAACAAGUAGUAUUGCUGACUGCAAGAACGCCAACACUGAUGCCACAAGGGGAGUUAACUGUUACUGCACGCCAGCCAAAGGUUGCUACCAUCGUCACUUCCAAGUAAAGCCCAUCGUAGUAGACAGUAGUCUCCCACAUGGAGGAAUAUUCAGCAACAAAAGCAGGGGAUCACACGACUCUGACUACUAUGUAGAGGUCAAUGUGACAAACCACGCCAACCUUAAAACAAAGAUGGAGUUUAAAGUGACAAUUGAUACAAGCCCCCCUCAUCCUGGCGUUGUUCAAGAUUGUCAAUUGGGGAACCCGGAAGUGGACUACCAGCAGCAUCUCCAACUCUGCGGCCACUGGGACGGAUUCUUUGACAAAGAGAGCGGAGUCAAAUUUUACCAAUAUAAAUUUGGUCCUCACUGUCUCUCAGCAAAUGAAUUUGGAGUUAAUAAAUCUUUAUUUGAGGUCACGGAAACCUAUUCCACAUCCGCCUCCUGGACAGCGCCCUCUGUCGGCAAGUAUCACGUGACAGUGGUGGCCUUCAACCGAGCACUGGAAGCAUCUGACCCAGUGUGUUCUGACGGAGUGACUGUAGACACAACACCACCCAGUGUCAGUGAGGUGGCAGUGAGAGACUCCAGGGUGAUGGAGGGGCUGGUCAAGUCAUCAGAUAAAGUUGUGUGGUUCAUCGACGCCCACAGGAGACGUACCCUGGUGGUCAAUCCAGAUGGCAGUUGCAGUUCCAAGGCCACGCCAGUAGAUGACAAGAGACUGUUCCUUUUUCCAAUACAUCGGUACAACAAUGGAAGUGGGAUGCAGCUUUACAAUCCUGGGUGUGAAUCUAUACUACCAUUGCCUGUCAGCUUCACCGACUUACUCUAUGUCUACAGGGAACACCACCUCUUCGUAAACUGGACUGGCAGUGACUCUGAGAGUGGUAUCUAUGACUACGAGCUGGGGCUGAUGUCAGAUCCUUCUGGUGAAACAGCUCCAGAUAUCCUGCCCUACACAUCCACUCAUCAUCAUCCUCAGUAUCAGGGCUACCAUCCUCGUCUCAGUGAGGGGCAACAGUUCUACAUCGCCAUCAAGGCCAUCAACAAAGCUGGCAUCUCAACUGUCAGAGUUGUUGGACCUGUCACCGUGUAUACACGAUACCCUGCAUUUACUGGAUCAGUGACAGUGACGCUGAGACACAACUAUUUGAUUGCACGUUGGCCAGAGACAGCAUUCACAGACACUGGGUAUCUAAAAUAUGAAGCUGCAGUAGGAACUAAGGACGGCAAGUCGACAAUAAUCCCCUUCACGACGCUGCAGUCAGGAGGUGGUUGUACACUGACGUCGCCACCCACGUGUACAGCUGUCGCCCUCACAGACCUCCACUGGGACCUCCAUCACAGCCACACCUACUUUGUGUCAGUCAGAGUCACCAACAUAGUAGGACUGUCUACACUAGCAGUGUCUGAACCCUACGUCCAUGACGUCAUGCCGCCGUUACGUGGUGUAGUAGAAGACGUUAUUCCAGCUGGAGAAGAAUCCUUGUUCACAAUACCGCGUACUGAUGACACAGACUACCAAAUAUCAACACGGACAUUAACAGCGAGAUGGUAUGGAUUUGAUAAUGGAAUAACUGCCAUUACGUACAGGGUUGGAAUUGGGUCUCAGCCAUUUACAACAGAUAUCCAGGCGCAUGUCUAUGUUGGAAGUGCAACCUUACAUUCUUUCACUGGUUUGAGCCUGCAUUGGAAAACGAAGUAUUUUGUGACUGUCGUUGCUGCUACCGAUGGCGGCGGAGAUGUGAUGGUGUCCUCUGACGGUGUGACGAUCAUCAGGCCCAAUGUUGACAUCACAGAUGCCAUUGUCAGAGAUGGCCUAGGGAUGCAGUGA